AUGGCGGACAUCCCGUUGCAGGUCAUAUCGGACAAUUCGUCAUCUGAGCGGCGCAUCACUCCAUCAUGGACCAUCAGCCAACUGAAAUCUAAGCUCGAAUUUGUCACAGGCAUCCCGCCGUCGUCUCAACGAUUGUCCCUGAAGACGGCCGCUAAGGAGACGAUUCCCAUCGAGGCUGCGAAUGACGACGAUGUCCACUUGUCCAACUUUCCCCUGCAGGCGUACGCAGAGCUUCACGUAGCUGACACCAGACCCGCCGGCGCGCGGCCUAAUUACACGGAUACCUCUAAUGUCGAGAAGUACGUGAUGCCAGAAGAGGAGUAUGAGAAGAAGACAGACUCGGUCUUGGCUUGGAAGAAGCAGGAGAAACUGGGACGUUUCAACCCAGAGGCCCCCAGCCUCGAGCAGGCCAAGAUAGCAGCCUCCUUGCAGGAAGUCCAAAGUCGAGGCAUCGCAGUCGGGAAAAGAUGCCGAGUCGGUGGUGACGAUGCAAGAAGAGGCAUCAUUCAGUACGUUGGCGACGUCAAGGAGAUCCCCGGUGUUCUGGGUGCUUGGGUCGGAGUUCAGCUUGACGAGCCAGUGGGCAAGAAUGAUGGCAGCAUCGGAGGCACGCGGUACUGGGGUCAAGAGAGCACUAUGAAGCAUGGCGUCUUCGUCCGCCCGGAGCGAGUCGAGGCUGGUGACUGGCCGGCGUUGGACGACCUUGAAGACAUGGAAGAGAUCUAG